AUGGCAGAACUCAACGGUCACACCUCGAGAGUGCUGUACAUGACACAGAGCCCGGAUGGGUGUACUGUGGCAUCUGCAGCCGCAGAUGAGACUCUCAGGUUUUGGAAUGUCUUUGGAAACCCAGCAACAGUAGGAAAAGCUGCGCCAAAGGCAUAUAGUGAACCGUUUGCAAGGUUUCAAGCGCCUGGAGAAGAGUCUAAGGAGGAUUUUGAGGAGCAUGCUGCGAAAGUCAAGACUCUAAAAGAGAGUCCAUCAAAUGAAAACUUGCUUAUCCUUUAUGGAUUGUACAAGCAAGCCACUCUUGGACCUGUUACCACCGCUCGUCCUGGGAUUUUCAGCCAGAAAGACAGAGCUAAAUGGGAUGCAUGGAAGGCUGUUGAAGGAAAAUCCAAGGAUGAAGCAAUGAGUGAUUACAUCACUAAGGUGAAACAGCUGCUCGAAGAAGCUGGUCUUUCUGCUUAACAACAUUGUCAUGUCUAGCUUUCUAGUUCUAUGCUAAAAGUUUCUAUGUAUUUUGAAAAUAAAACAGUUGCAGUGUUUGAUGUUUGAUCUAAAACUUUUAAUAUAUAAUCUUAAUUGUUCUGUAUUGAA